CAGGUCAUAUCUGGCCUUUUUGUAGUCAUCAGCGGUGCCCAUGACAAAUGCAGUCGAACGAGCACGUAGCUUAGCCCUUACAUCACAGUUCAUCCACUGUUUUUGGUUAGGGUAUUUUCUGUAAUACUUGGUGGUGGUAACAGUCUCUAUACAUGUGCUAAUGUAGCCAGUAACAGCAGAAGCAUAUUCAUCCAAAUCAACAGUACAAUCUUCCCUCCCCGCUGCAGUUUUAAACACAUCCCAGUUUGUGCAGCCAAAGCAGUCCUGAAGUACUUGAUCAGUUUCUUCAUUCCACACUUUAACUGCUGUACUUACAGGGGGAGCUUUUUUAAGAAGUUGUCUGUAUGUUGGAUAAAGGAAUAUAGAGAUGUGGUCAGCCUUUCCAAAGUGGGGUCUUGGAACAGCCUUCAAAGCACCUUUCAUGUUGCAGUAGACUUGGUCCAGGAUGUUAUUUUCCAUUGUGGGAAAGCUCACAUGCUGGUAAUAUUUGGGGAGGACAGUCCUGAGGUUACAGUGGUUGAAAUCGCCAGAUAUAAUGAAUACAGCGUCUGGGUGUUUGGUUUCGUGUUUAUCAAUGAUGUCAUGCAGGAGGCCUAGUGCAUUAGCAGUGUUAGCUCGUGGUGGGAUGUAAACAGCAGUUAAAUACACAGCGCUAAACUCACGAGGUAAAUAAAAAGGUCUGCAUUUCACCAUCAGCAGCUCAAUGUCCUGCGAGCAGUGCUUUUCCAUCGUCUGUACGUCUGUGCACCACCGUUUGUUUACGUAAACACAGACGCCGCCACCUCUGUGUUUACCAGACGCUAAAGUCCGAUCUCCCCGGUAAGCAGCAAAUGAUUCCAACUGGAUCGCCGAGUCCGGUAUAUCCUCCGUCAGCCAGGUUUCUGUGAAGGAGAACUUCACCCAAGAUGGCAAACAAAGAUGAAGACAAGAAGGAACACGGAAGCCACCUGCAGAUAAGAAGCGUGGGUUUUGUCAAGGGGGGGCUUGGACGUAUAUAAUGGUCAACUAUCAGAAAAGACAUGAAAAGAAACCUCAAAAUGGAAGGGAAAAAUGUAGCAACCAAAGCUGCUGUGCUGGUGCUUUUACAACAAGGUCUUCUGCUGUCUGGAGCCGUACAUGUCCAACCCUCCGUUAACCCAGUUGCAGUCGGGGACACUCUGACGCUGUCCCUCUCUCCGGCCACAGCCCUCAGGGGUGGAAGCUGGGCUGUGGGCGAUUCCCUUAUCGUCACCUGGCUCGGGAAUCAGCAGGCAGUUUUUCCCAACCACACCGGCAGGGCAUCGGUAGAUGUCCUUACUGCAGCCCUCACCCUGACUUCGGUGACCCUGGAGGACUCAGGAGUGUACGUGCUGCAGAGCGGUGAUCCUCCGCUCAAGGCCAACACCACCAUCACUGUCCUGGAGCCUGUUUCAAAUAUAACUCUUGGCGUCAAUCAAACAAAUCUGAUGGAGUUGUCAUCAGCGGUGGUGACAUGCUUUGCCUCUUCAGGAUCCUCGCCGUCUUUUCUGUGGCUAAAUGGCAGCUCUGAGGUCGUCUCCAAUGAAAGAGUUGUACUCACUGAUGAAAAUGCCACCCUGUCAAUAGUUAGCGUGACCCGCCAUGACCGUGGACCCUUCAGGUGCUUUGUGUUCAAUCCCGUCAGCAAUGGCACCAGUGAUUCAUUAACCUUCACCAUCACCUACGGCCCAGACAACAUGGUCCUCACCAUCAAAGAGCAGAACGCUACUUCCUUUCUAACCGGAUCCAACCUGACCAUGCUCUGCUCGGCACAGUCCAGUCCACCAGCUCUGCUUGAGUGGGCUUUCAGGGGCCGACUUCUAAAUACGACGGGUCCAUCGCUGGAGCUGUUGGACGUCAGGCAGGACCAGAGCGGCCCAUAUGGUUGUCUGGCCUUCAACAAUGAGACCAACAUGAGCAGAAACAUCUCCAAAGACAUCCUGAUUAGCAGGUCACACACCUCAGCGUUGAAACAAGAUGCCUUCCAUGUGUGGCUCGUACCCAUGAUGCCGUGUGUCAGCUUCUUCCUCACGGUGCUCGAACUCGGCAAAUUAAAGAGCGCAUCAUCAAAGCUGACCCGGCAAAUUUCCGCCAUGGGAUGUACAAGUAGUAUGCAGAGGCAGGACACGCCCUGUAGCCUUCACACGGAAAUUCCGCAAUAACAGCAACGUGUUUAUUCGUCUACACCUUUUAAACAGGACCCAGCAAGAUGCUGGUGGCCCCCUAUGAACCACGCAUGGUGAAACGUACGAUGUGCAUGUCAAAUAGUGUAAAAUUAACCAAAUUGCUGCUCACAUACUGUACGAUCAAUGUAAAUCAACAAUGUAACCCAUUUGAUCCAGAUUACAGUAUAUUCUAAUGUCAAUAUUUGGGGCUGUCUUUGUAUGACGUAACGCUCUUGCUUAAUAAAACAUUCAUCUGGUCGACAUGGUGUAUUUAACGUCAACAGAAACUGCUUUGCACAUCCACAAACACAGAUAUGCUUGUGGGUAGAUCAAGUAUAAACACCAAUUGGUUUCACUUCUGUUUAAGUCUUCAAAAAAUGUGCCAAACUUGAAUUUACUUGAAGAUGUAAAAGUCAUUGCUCUCCUUUAAUGCUGUUAUUUUUUAUUAUAAUGUUAUAUACAUCAUUGAAAUAUUUGGCAGUAAUUUUUUAAGGGGGGGGGAGUCCCUAGUCAACGGCUGUCCAUUCUGCAGGAUUUUGACGACAGUGAACAAUGACAAAGGAAGAGAAAAGACCAACCUUGGACAAAUUUGGGCUUAUGUGGCUUAAAAAAACAAAGAGCUGACA